GGCGUGGUUAAAAGCUUUAUCACUUUAAUGGGUGGACCAAGUCCAAGUCCAGUUUUAGCUUCAGUGGAUACUCUAUCACCGGCCCACCUCAACAAGGAGUCUUCAGGCGUCAUGGGUACUUCUCCUCUAUGCAGCCCAUCUUCAGAUAAGCGUUUUUGGAGCAAUUUGCGGACCCGGGUUGAUUCGAUUCUCGAGGAUCGCAAUAGAAAACUAUCAGAUGGAGAAAAUCAAGUCAAACUAGAGAAAAUUGGAGAAUCAAAUAGAGCGAAGCGUUUAAAGGAGGAUUCACUGCUUCUGCUAAGAGGGUUUGACUCUGUUGCUCACACUUUGUCUCAGCUUUCUAACAAUAUUGACAAUGCUCUUCAGGGUGCUAGAGAUCUGGCCAAACCGCCCACAUUGACUGAAAUAUUCCACGCUAAAAUCAAGGAAGCAGAGUGUAAAGAAGAGGAAUCAAGAGAGCAACAAAAUCAAGAAGAGACCAACAAGGGAGUGAAGAGGAAGUUUGAUCCUAACGAAAGUUCGGAGGAUCCCCAGAAGGAAAAAGAGCCAAGCCCAAAAGAUAAAAGGAUGAAGAAAACCAAAAAUCUUGCAAUUUCCAUGGCAACAAAAGCAGCUUCACUUGCAAGAGAACUGAAAUCGAUAAAAUCGGACAUGUGUUUCAUGCAAGAGAGAUGCACAUUGCUUGAGGAAGAGAACAGGAUGCUUAGAGAUGGAUUUGAUAAAGGGAUUAGACCAGAGGAAGAUGAUCUGGUGAGGCUUCAAAUGGAGGCUCUGCUUGCGGAGAAAUCCCGAUUAGCAAAUGAAAAUGCGAAUCUGAUUAGAGAAAAUCAGUGCCUUCAUCAGCUGGUAGAGUACCACCAAAUGACCUCCCAAGAUCUCUCUGAAUCAUAUGAGCACGUUCUACAAGGAAUGUGCUUAGACUUUUUAUCUCCAUCAUCGGCCAUAGCAGAUGAUGAUGGUGAUUAUGAAGCGGCGCAAACACCUGCGACAAAGUUGUUUGGUUUACCUACUUCUCUUGAUGAGAGCUUUCGUGAAGAAGAGGAGUAAGUAGUCAUGAAAUGCAACCAUUGGGUUGUUUUGUAUCAAAGCUUUGUUCAGAUUUCAAGUUGCUUUUCACUUGAAAUGUAAAUUUUGAAGCUUUCCUUGCUGAAUAAACUAAUAAAAAAUUGAUCUUUUCUAUAUUUUACAUUUCUCUCCUGGAACCUCCUCUCCACCAUCUUCUUCUUUCGA